ACAUUGGCAGGUUUAUCAAUGUAAAAUUAACGAAGUUGUAACGAGUAUAUGCUCCGUUACUGUAUAUACCAAUACUACAGUAAUAUAUCAAUAACAUUCCAUCUUAUCAUAUACUACAGUUUACAUAUAUGUGACUUUUGCAACAGCUGUUUAUUGGUAUAAUGUACAUUAAAAAUUAUAUGUAUGUGCGUACAUCAUCAACCUCAACACAGUUGUUUAUAACCAUAUACUACCCUACCACAGAAAUAUAACACUUGUUUCGCAUUCACAAGCCAUUGCACAGUAAGCAGGCAUAAUUAUUCAACGCCGGACUUUUCUGCAAUAACCAUCAAAUGGGUGGUCGUUUAACGCAUUUAUUUGCACGUUGGUUCCCAAAAACUGAACCGGAGUUGCGUGUUGGCAUGCUAGGAUUGGAUAAUGCUGGCAAAACAACCAUUCUAUAUCAAUUGAAAUUGGAACGGAACGUUGAGCCGGUACCUACCGUUGGCUUCAAUGUGGAAAAUGUGCGUUGUGGUAAAAUGUUGUUAAAUAUUUGGGACGUUAGUGGCGAUCGACCACGUACACGUACAUUGUGGCAACAUUAUAAUCAUAAUACGCGUGCAAUUAUCUUUGUGAUUGACGCAACGGAUAUGCGUCGCUUGCCACGAGCUUUGGAUGAGCUACGUUGGUUGUGGUGUCGCCCGGAACUGACCGAAGCUGUCUACCUUUUAUAUGCUAAUAAACAAGAUUUGCCAGGCGCCCUGGGAGCUGAACAGUUGGUCACAAUACUGCAGUUGCAGACAUUAACACAACAGUGGGCUAUUCAAGAGUGUUGCGCCAUCAAUGGUAUGGGUUUAAGCGACGGCUUACAACAAUUACAGCAAAUGCUUACGCAUAACCGGGGCAAGAGACUUAGUGCAACAUUAUCAAAUAAAUUGUUUUAAUUGUGUGCAAAUUUGAGUUUCAAAUCUGAUUUACCUUCGAAAUUCUCCAGCAUGCUACGUACAUCCUCCUUAAGACGUGUGUUGUAUGAUUUCAAUAGUGCUUCCUUCGAUUGUGGUAAUGCCCGCACGCUGCUGGUAUUGCUGCUCAUGUUUAAAAUAUAUAGUCACGUAUAAAUAAUAUCAAAAUCAAUGAAGUGCUAUUUAGAAAUAAAAUCAAAAAACCAAUUGGUGGAAGAUAUUCUAUUGUUUUCCCUAAAAACCAAAACAAAACAUUUGACAGGCUAUAUUUUGGAAGCCACUGGUUUUCUAAUUGAUACAUUUUAACUGCGUUGCCAUUGAUUUCAUCAUUUAUAUUAGAUUUCAUAUAUUGUAUGUAAAAGCUUUUACUAAAUGGUUAUUCAAGAUUUCAUUCUGAUAUGGUAUUUUUGCUUUAAAGUGCUUCCGUUAACGUUAUUGAUAAUAUUCAUAGCAAGCUUAUUUUAAUUAUACGCUAUAAAAGAUUUUAGAGUCCGUAUAAUGAACCCGCCUUAAUUUAACAGAUUAAUGUCAAAAGUGACAAGUUUGCCAUAAAAUAUAACAACCUAUCUAGACGCUAUAUAAAAUUCCACUGCGCAUGACUUUUAUGACUUGGAUGCCUAUACUGAUUUCUUUAGUAUAAGUAUAUUCUGAUUUAUGCCUUUAGACUCGAAAAAUGCUAAGUAAAAGUAAAAUCUUGUGUUUGUACAGUUUAUUAUAUAUUUUAACAAUGGUGUCGGCAUCGAAAUUGCCGAAAGAGGAAAGCCCAACUCAAAUUUAUCUCUUGGGAUUAAAUGACGCUGGAAAAACUGCAAUUUUCAACAGUUUAUUAGGUAGAAACUUUACUUUAUCCCAACCAACAAUCGGUUUUAAUUUAGAGGAAGUAAGGUAUAAGGAUUUGAGCUUCUCUUUAUGGGAUCUUGGAGGUCAAUGUAGAUUAAGGGCAUUAUGGAAGCACUUUCUAACUGAAAAUGCGAAUGGUAUAAUAUUCGUAUUGGAUGCAGCAGCUGGAAAAAAGCGGUUAGAACUGGCGUCAAAAGUGCUACACGAAACACUUCAAAAGGCUGUUAUACCCGAAGAACUAUUCCUACUGGUAUUGGCGAAUAAGCAGGAUAUGGAUGACAAACUAAGUGCAGCAGAAAUAGUAGAUGGUCUAAAAUUAGUAGGGAUAAAAUAUGAAUGGGAGCUGUUGGAGACCUCAGCAAAGCAUAAUACCGGUAUUGUGGAGUCUUUGGAGCGCCUACAUCAAAAAUUUAACUAAAACCAAAUAUGAAUUGAUUUAAAUAUAUGUUUAUUAUUAUGUAUAUGUGUAAAAUAAAUGUAACUGAAUUAUGAAAUUAAA